AUGUUCCGUCAACUAUACGCGGGUAAGCUAUGCCUUGCACCUAUGGUUCGAAGCGGAGAACUCCCCACUCGACUUCUCGCGCUCAAGUAUGGGUGUGACUUAGUGUGGUCUCCAGAAAUAGUAGAUAAGAAAAUGAUCCAAUGUAGACGAGUUGAAAACUCCGAAUUGGAGACUGUUGAUUUUAUAGAACCUAAAGCUGAUAGGGUUGUUCUUCGUACCUAUCCCAAAAUGGAAAGGGACCGAUUGAUAUUUCAAAUUGGUACUGCUUCACCCGAAUUAGCAGUUGAAGCAGCUAAAUUAGUUAUUAAUGAUGUUGCAGGUAUUGAUUUAAACUGUGGAUGUCCUAAGCCAUUCCUGACUCAUCUGGGUAUGGGCCAGAGACUUUUAUCCAACCCCGAGCUAUUGACGGCUAUUUUGAAUGCUUUGUAUGACAAAGUUGGGAAACCAAAUAAUAAACCAAUCAGUUGUAAAAUUCGAUUGAUGGACUCUGUUACUGAGUCUUUACAGCUAAUUGAAACCAUUUGUCGAGAUACCAAGAUUUCCAAUUUGACUAUUCAUUGUAGGGAACGGACAAUGAGAAACCGAGAACUUCCAAUCAAAUCAUAUUUAAAAGAGAUCAUUGCAAUUGGUGAUAAAUAUGGGAUCAACAUAAUAAUUAACGGGGCAGUUCUUAAUAGAAAUCAAUUUGAACAAUUACAAAAAUAUUUGGACAAUUAUACCAUUGGUGCAAUGAUUGGAGAAGCAGCUGAAUCCAAUCCUACAGUAUUUAGUAAGCUUCCUAAGGGAUUUAAACAAGUGACUAAGGAAUUUCUUGAGUAUUGUGUCAAAUUUGAUAACCAACCACUGAACUCAAAGUAUAUAUUGUUGAAUCAGAUCCCACCAAAAGUACCUUCUCACAAGAGUUUUUUGUCGUCCAAAUCACAUGAGGAAAUGCUUACUUUGGUAGAGGGACUUGAUGACCAAGAGGGUAGUAAAAUCUUAAUCAAGACUUUACAAAAGCCUAAACUAUUUACACCACAAGAAUUUGAGGCUAAAGAGAGUUUCUUGAACAUUGACGAAUUUGAAAAUAUUCACAAGGAUAUCGACAGAUCACAGAUUCAAGGUAAAGGGAAGAAGAAUAAUAAUAACAAGAAGCAACAAAACAAGGGUAAUGAAAAUGAAUUUAAUGUUGAUUCAAGGAAAAGAAGUAUUGAGACUAAUGAUCCAACGGUAAAGAAGGUCAGGGCACAAUAA